AUGGGGGUCGUAAAAUUUAACAACACCCCUAGUACAGAGAACCCGUUGCCAAAUCAUGGUGAUCAAGGCGUAAAUGCAGUUAGGGAUACGGGUAUGAGAAGGAUUAAAGAGGGCGUGUCCGAGGUGAGAACGUCGAUGAAAAUGAUUUGGGAAGAAAUGGUGAAAAGAGAGAUGAUAAUCUCUAAAGAGAGGAGUAAAGGAGGAAGGGACUACUGUGAGUUCCAUGCUGAAGAGGGGCACGAGAUCCAGAAAUACAAUGAGUUUAAGGCCUUGGUACAAAGCCUUAUGGACAACAAAGAGCUAGAAUGUUAUGAAGUUGGCUCAAAUGAGGGACAUAUAUGCACAUUAGAAGGUGCACUGAAGAAUCAAAACCGGCCGAGGAUUAUUAUUUCCUUACCAGGAAGUAAUGAAGUUGAAACACCAACGGUACCGAAAGUCAUCAUUCAUAAACUUGUUUCCUUUCUUUAUAAGGAUAACAAGAGGGUACCCUGGAAUUAUAACUGCCAUGUGUCAAUGCCGGAGAAGGAGGAUAUAGCUAGUGCUUCUAAGAAAGCUCAAGGUGAGGGUUCUUACACAUGUAGUGGGAAGCGCUAUGAUGCAGAAGGCGUCAAAGUUGAGCCUGCAAAAGAAAAAGCUUUAGACAAAGGAAAAGGGACCGAGACACUGGUUAAUGAGCCAGUGAAGGAAGAAGAAGCCAGAGAAUUUUUAAAAUUCUUAAAACACAGUGAGUACAGCGUGGUUGAACAAUUGCGCAAACAACCAGCUUGUAUAUCAGUGUUGGCUUUGCUUCUAAGUUCAGAGGCACAUCGGGAAGCAUUAAUGAAUGUGAUCAAUGAGACUUAUGUUACUAAUGAUAUAUCCGUCAACAAGUUGGAUCGAUUGGUUAGUAACAUAAGUACUGACAAUUUCAUUUAUUUCAACAAUGAUAAAAUCCCACCGGUAUGCAUGGGAUCAGCUAAGGCUUUGCAUAUUACCACUCGCUGCAAAAGAUAUACAUUGCCGAGUGUGCUUAUUGAUAAUGGGUCAGCCUUAAAUGUCAUGCCGUUGUCCACACUAAACAGAUUACCCAUUGUCAGUUCUCACAUGAAAGCAUGCCAUAAUGUAGUGCGAGCAUUUGAUGGCACGGAGAGAAAGGUCAUGGGAAGAAUUGAUAUUCCUUUAAUGAUUGGGCCAAACACGUAUGAGGUGGACUUUUUAGUGAUGGACAUCAAGCCCUCUUACAAUUGCCUGUUGGGGAGGCCUUGGAUACAUUCGGCAGGAGUGGUGCCCUCAUCUCUGCACCAAAAAUUAAAGUUAGUAGCUGAUGGACGGUUGGUCACACUAUAA